UGCAGGCCCAGAGCGGAAACAUGUGACGCAGUCAAACGGUGGGCUCCAAAUUUGAAAAACGUGGCUGUGCCUUUUCGCCUGAGGUAUCACCGUUAUUAUCGGCACUUUGCGUUUACGUUUGCGCAGUUCAGACCAGAGGUCCGUUAACAUCAUCCUCAUUUGGUUGUUUCUGUUUGGAACAAAAAAGGAGCUUGCAGCUGCAGCAGCAGCAGGAGGAGGAAAAUGGAGUGUACUCCUGAAUCAAACAUCUACCCUGAGAGCUGCAAAGGGAAGCACUUUUACGACGACUGCUCUGACAGUGGGUACUCGGGUUUAUUCCACAGCCCUCAGAGCACCAGCGGUGCCGCCUCCCGUACAACUUUGUCCCCAGUAGAAUUCAAUGAAACGCCAAAAGAGAACCUCAGGGAACCCGUCAAAUAUGUGGGCAAAGACUUGAGGGGAACACAGCGACCGCCUGUCGUAAGUUGGUGUGAAACUCCAAAAAGAGAUUCCUCAUUGAGACACAGACUUCUAAUGCGCAGACCCACCACUGAUGUCAAAACUGACAACACAAGAUCGCCAUGCACCAGGAGGACUGGCCGAUCUGAACAUUGGUUAAGUGUUUCCUGUGAUACUUUAGACACUAUGACAGGAGCCUUGGCAUCAAGCACUUUGGAGCACGAUUUGCCACUGUCUGGUAGGAAACGCCGUCUCCUCUUCACGCAGGCGAGGACAUCAACCCGAGAAGAUGGAAAGCCAAACUGUUUUCCUUCCGGUUUUGAUAGAAGAGUUUCACUCUCAGAUGCAGACUUCAUUGAGAACAUUUCUGCCUCUGGUCAAAUGAAUAAUGAGACUCCAUGCUUUAGAAAACUCCAGUCUUCCUCAUCUAAAGAGAACUUUCAAUCACCAAUCAGCAGUGUUGCUAACAACCUUCAUGAAAGCUCAAGUGUACUGUGCACACCAUCUUCAACACACAAACCUAAAUACAUCAGGUCUGUGUGUGAAGAUAGUGGUUUCAGUUCUUUGACCCUUGAUAAAUCCCAGGACUCCUCGGUGGACCAUGAUGGCUCUUUCCAGGAGCUGCUGCCCCCUAACUCCAGAGGGAACAGUGAAACUCCAAAUCUGACUGAGACAAAGCGACUCCGUUUGCAGCGGCAGCAUAGGCUUUCUACACUCAAAGAAGGGGGCUCUCAGUCUGAGGAAGACACAAAGGAGAGAAAGUAUGAACAUUUUUAUAAGCACCACGGCCUUUGUAAAGAAGAUGAGGUUUUUGCUGGCGAUGCCACUCCUGUUGGAGGUGUUUCUGUUGCGUUUAGCAAUAGCAUGACCUCUGAUAGUUUGGCUUCUGCAAAGCAUUGCUAUACAACCCCAUUAAGAGCAUCCACAACCAUGCCAGAAAACAAGACACCUUUUAACACCGUUCAGGCCAAUCAAGAGGUAACUCCAGUCACAGCAACCCCAGUGGAUCUCUCUCUGACACCAGCGCUGCAGCUGGUUCAUGCUAUGUGUCAGCAGAAUGCCCAGAUGUUUGUUGGCCAAAGUCCAAGCCUAAAGGAGCAGCUGAAGUCCACAGCAGCACUUGCUGAGACGCUGGGGACGUUCAGGACCACCAUGCCGUUGGCAGGGCUCAUCGGCAGGAAGAUGGGCAUUGGGAAGAUCGACAUAUUGACAGAGCUGAAGAGGAGGAACCUCAGGCACAUUCUCGCAAAAGUAUUCAGCCACCUGUCCUCCGAGAAUAUCUACAGGUGUGGUCAAGUGUGCAAGAACUGGAGUGAAAUCAUCCAACAAGACAAGCAAGCCCGUUUUAAGAGAAGAAACCACCUAAGUAAAGUGGAGUCUGCUACUGAGCUUGGUGGUGCUGUCCAUGUUCCUGACGCAGAAACCAGACUGACUCUGACUAAGAGAUCUGCCCUGAAGAUGGUCCAGUCCCAGUCUAGGAGUUUGAGCUUCUGCACCCCACAGUCAGGAAAAAGCACUUUGACCCCAUUAAAUUCAGGCAGCAGCAGGCGGGAGAAAUUUCUUGAGGUUGCCAAAACCCUUUUCAACGAUGAGUGCCUCAAGCCUUGCCCCCGAUGUCAGAAUCCUGCAAGGUGUCACUCAGUGAAGAGGGAGGGUGUGUGCAGCACAGCGGACUGUGGUUUCCAGUUCUGCACAGCCUGCUUGUAUGCUUUCCAUGGCUCUAAAGAGUGUGGGAGCAGGUCUGUAGGCCGUCACAAGAAGGACAUUAUUCUCCCUGGAAGCGCUAAGAGCAAGCGAAACAUUAGGAGACUAUGAGCAGGAAGUGGACUGUUAUCCUGUUUGUAUUGCCAGA